AGAUGGCCCGCCCAGGGACACUCACCAUCCUGUCUGUGCUCCUGUCGGCUGCCUUGGUGGGAGCCCACCUCGGCCCACCUGCUGCUCUCAGCCUCAGCCCGGAAAUCCUUAAAGAAAAGUUCACACAGGAGCUGAAGGACCAUGAUGCCAUUGACAUCCUCAAGAAGCUGCCCCUGAUCAACGCCAUGCGGGACGAGCCUGCCGGGGGCAUCCCCUUAAUUGGCGGCCUGGUGAGCUCCAUCCUCAAGUACAUUGUCUGGCUGAAGGUGACCUCGGCCAGCAUCCUCCAGCUGCAGGUGCUGCCCUCUUCCAGGAGCCAGGAGUUUGUGGUCAGGGUCCCCCUGGACAUGGUGGCCGGAUUCAAUACGCCGCUGGUCAAGACCAUCGUGGAGAUGCACAUGGAGUCGGAGGCGCAAGCCACCAUCGGAGUGGAGACCGUGGGAGGCCAGAGCCGCCUGGUCCUGAAGGACUGUGGCAGCAGCCAGGGCAGCCUGCGCAUCAGCCUGCUGGGGAGCUUCUCCUUCAUGGUCAACACGUUAGGCAACAAGAUCAUAAGCCUCUUGGUGCCAGCCCUGCCCAAGCUGGUGAAGAGCGAGCUGUGUCCUGUGAUGAAGGUGGCCUUUGAGGACCUGAGUGCAGAUAUCCUUGGUCUGAUCAAAGCGCCCAUUUCCGUCGGCUCUGAUCACCUGCAGUUCCACCUUCUGUCCACUGCCAUCGAGGAUAAAGUCAUCCAGCUGCACCUGGGGGCCAAGUUGCUGGACUCCCAGGGGAAGGUGACCAGGUGGUUCAAUGAGUCCAAGGCCUCGCUGACGACGCCCGCCCUGAACGGCGCCCCCUUCAGCUUUGCCGUGAGGCAGGACGUGGUCAACGCCGCCAUCGCCACUGUCAUCCCACCAGAGGAACUCAUGAUCCUGCUGGACUACGUGCUGCCCGAGCUGUCCCACAAGCUGAAGGCCAGCAUCAAGGAGAUCAGUGAAAAGGCCGCGGCAGAGAUGGGGGCCACAAAGAUCGUGAAGGUCCUCCUGCAGGAGUCCCCGGACUUCUUCCUGGAACAGGAUCAGGCCAAGGUGGCCCAAAUGGUCGUCCUGGAAGUGUUUGCCACCAACCAAGCCCGCCGCCCGUUCUUCACUCUGGGCAUUGAAGCCAGCUCGGAUGUACAGUUUCACACCGAAGGUGACCAGCUGAUCAUUAGCUUCGGUGAUAUCAGCUCUGAUCGGAUCCACCUGAUGAACUCGGGCAUCGGCCUGUUCAACCCGGAUCUCCUGAAACCCAUCAUCACUGAGCUCAUCAACGCCAUCCUGCUGCCCAGUGAGAACGGCAAAUUAAGAGUCGGGAUCCCACUGUCAUUGGUGAAAGGCUUGGGGUUUCAAACAGCUUCCUGGGCUCUGACCAAGGAUGCCCUUGUCAUCACACCCGCCUCCUCGUGAACCCUGCACCACCCUCCUCACUCAGUGACAUUGGACAGGGCCAGCCAG